CUGUGUCCGCUGCCUGGGCAACUGGGCAUUAGUCGUGGGAGAAUUUAGUUUGUGUCUGUUCUGUGUGAUGGACGGAUCGAGGCCUGAGUUUGACAUGUACGGGGCGAUGGAGUGGAGCGACGGCGUGGGAACCCUCCCCGGGAGCCAGCUCAAGUUUCGUGUAAAUGAAUUUGGGGUGCUGGAGGUCAUAACUGACACGGGAGAUGAGGAAGGGGUUAAAAAGGCUCAUGCUACCACCACAUGGAGUGUCCCGACAGCAGAGGAAGCUCUGUCAGUUGAGGUGCAUUGUGCUAGUGUGAGUGUCUGUAGUAACAGGAAGGACUCCGCUCCCCACUUCCUGUCUGACGGACAGCACUGCACCAACGGCUGCCUCCACUUACAGCAGCAGGAAAAGAGUACAUUUGUGAAAGAAGAUUCCAGAAUCAAUGAGGUCACUCGGGUCAGCAGGAAGAGACCGCCCCCAGCCAAGAGAGCAGAGAAAGAGGUGGAGGAAGUGAUGGAGGUGGUGGUGGAGGAGGAUGAAGAUUACGAAGAGAAAGAAGGCCGGCGGCCGACUCGGGUAGGUCCACGGGGUCGCAGGAAGCGCAGAGGAGACGCAGCUCUGCUCCGACAGCCGGUUUCAUACAGAGGGAGGAAGAAAUCGUGGUGCUGGGCUUCAUAUCUGGAGCAGGAGAAAGCUGUUGCUGCUCCCUGUAAACUCUUUAAAGAGCACCAGUCCUUCCCUCAGAGUAAGAAUGGGUUCAGAGUGGGUAUGAGGCUGGAAGGCAUCGAUCCUCUUCACUCCUCCAUGUACUGCAUCCUCUCCGUCGCCGAGGUAUCCGGUUACAGAAUGCGACUGCACUUUGAUAAUUACUCAGACUGCUAUGAUUUCUGGGUAAACUGCAACUCUCCUGACAUUCACCCUGUGGGCUGGUGUGAGAAAACAGGACACAAGCUACAUCCACCUAAAGGAGUGAAGAGCGAUGAGUUCAGCUGGUGUUCAUAUCUAAAGACGAAUAAACUGCAAGCAGCACCCAAACCUCUGUUCCACAACCAACACACUACAGUCACACCAUUAGGUUUCAGAGUGGGGAUGAAGCUGGAGGCGGUGGAUAAGAAGAACCCGUCGCUCGUCUGCGUCUCCAGCAUUAGGGACAUAGUGGACAACCGUCUGCUCGUGCACUUCGACGGCUGGGACGAGAGUUAUGAUUACUGGUGUGAUGUGACGAGCCCGUAUAUCCAUCCGGUCGGCUGGUGUCAGGAGAAUGGCAGAACCUUGACCAUGCCUCCAGGUUCCUGCGACACUGAGAACUUCUCCUGGGAGAGGUAUCUGCAGGAGACGAGCUCAUUAGCCGCACCUGCCAGGUCCUUCAAAGCGAAGCCUCAGCACAGUUUCCAGGUGAACAUGAAGCUGGAGGCGGUGGAUGUGAGGAACCCCAUGAUGGUGAGAGUAGCUACAGUGGUGGAUCGAGAUGAACACAGAGUAAAGAUCCACUUCGACGGCUGGACGGAUGAGUAUGAUUACUGGUUGGAUUCAGACAGCCCUGACAUCCAUCCUGCGGGGUGGUGCACCAAAACUGGACACGCCCUACAGACGCCAAUCAGCCUGGAGGAUACAAGUGAGUCAGAGCAAAGUGGAUGUCCUACACCUGGCUGCAGAGGAGUCGGACACAUCAAAGGAGCUCGCUACUCCGGACACCACAGUUCCAUUGGCUGUCCCUACUCCGAUGUCAACAUGAAGAAGGACUCGGUUUUGCCUGACCGUUUGAGUGGAGAGAUGCCGGGUUCUGGAGCGGGCCGACAUCGUCGAGCGGAACCGAACCCUGAGCCGCAUGCACACGGUACCGAUAAACCUGCCGGUCACCUGGACAAGGCCGACACGGCAACCAUCACCAUGGAAACGCUGCAUCAGAAGCGGGUCGGUACGGAGUCCAAACGAAGGGUCGGGCGGCCGUGCAAGGUGAAAAAGGCGGAGGAACCACCAAAGGAGGAGCAACAGGAGGAACCAUCAGAGGAGGAGCCACCUGGCGUAGGUUCUAAAGAGCUGACUCUGCCGCAGGCCCUGCAUCAGUCUGUAUUCAUGCCAUGCUCCGCCCCAUCUCCCAGCAUGCCUCACUGCUGGGACCAACACAGUAAACUCCUUCCCUCAGUGGUGGGCAUCACAGCCAGUAAAGUGGCCACCUGGACUGUGGAGCAGGUGACAGAGUUCAUCCAGGGCCUCCAGGGAUGUAAGGAGCAAGUGCACACCUUCAGAGAGGAGCAAAUCGACGGCGAGGCCUUCCUGCUCCUCACCCAGACCGACCUGGUGAAGAUCCUGAGCAUAAAGCUCGGUCCGGCGCUCAAGAUCUUCAACUCCAUCCUGAUGUUCAAGACUGCAGAGAAGUCUGCCUGCAAUGAACUCUGAAAGGUUGUGACUUUCACUUUGUGUGAAGCACAAACCUGAUGACGAUGAAGAUGAUGAUGAUGAUGAUUGUUUUGAUGAAGCACUACAAAUCACACCAGACUUUGACCCAUGAUGUCGGUGUGAUAUAACGGAAGCCACCUGCACUGAAAAACAAAGCAUUUAUUUAAUUAAUUUAUUUUGUUUUUACUUAAAUAGACCUGAGGACCUUCUUCAGCUCUUCAGGAUUCAGAUCUCUAGAUCUAAUCUACGCUAGUUUUUAAUAACAGUUUGCUUAAUGACGUUAUUCGAAUGUUUAAUGUUAACAUUCAACGUUUUACUAAACCUUUAAUCUUUGAACAUUGUAAGAACAUGUGUUAGUUUGGUCAUUUGUUUUGAAGGACAGGUGAAGGUGACGAGUCGACGCCUCAGACGUGGUCCUGUAGUUUUGCACUAGCGCUGAGUGGCUGCUUCAUGCUAACAGUAGUAACGUGUACAUCGCACAGUUUAGUACGUGUAUGAAAUUUGAUUCGUUGAGUUUUUUUUAUUAUAGCUACAUGAAUUCGGAUCAAAUGUGAACUUUAUGCAGCUUUUAUGGUACGAGGCUUUAAGCCCCGCCUCCUAGCAAACGAUGAGCUAUGUUUUUGAGUUUAUUAUUUCUCUGUAAAGCUCUUAUAGCACAGCGAUGAGCUCCAUGCUUACCUUUACCUUUAAUUUAUUAAAGAAUGACACUUUGUACAUUUGAUCCAUUUACAGUUAUGUUUAAUGUUGUGAAACAUCUGUGAAACAUCUGUGAAACAUCUGUGAAACCUGUUAGCAGCUCUGAACACACUCACUCACCGG